AUGGGACAAGAUAUUGUGGUCGCAUUUUCCAAUUCCAUGGAAAAAUGGCAGCGUAACUAUUCAAAGGGAUGGCAAGCGUUUCCAUGGGAAUCCUUUUAUAAAACCAGAUUACCAGUCCACAACCAUUACAAGUUCCCAGUAAUCACAAAUUCCCACAGCACAUUUGUGUCUGCUUUAAACAUGCCAACCCUGUUCUUCCAUUUCUUCCUGUUCUUAAUCACCACCAGUGUUACUAACCUCAUCCCCGCAGUUCACAGCAAUUGCAUUGAAUCCCAGAAACAAUCAUUGCUCGAACUCGAAGCAAGUCUUGAUUAUGGAGAUGAGUCUACCAAGCUUACCACAUGGAACGCCAGCACUGACUGCUGUUCUUGGCGCGGUGUAACUUGCGACACCAUUGGGCAUGUUGUGGGACUUGACCUCAGCAGCGAGUCUAUCCGGAGCAAAGGCAUUGACAAUUCACGCAGUCUCUUCCAACUUCAACAUCUUCAGAGCCUCAAUUUGGUAGACCACAGCUUCAAUAGCUCUUCAAUUCCAUCUGCAAUCGGAAGGCUUAUAGAUUUGAGGUAUCUGAAUUUAACCUCUGCUUCUUUUUCCGGGCGAAUUCCCGUGGAAAUUUUACGCUUAACAGGGCUGAAGGUUCUUGAUCUGUCUAAAAAUUUCGACUUGUCAGUUGAGAACCCGAAUUUAAGCAUGAUAUUUCAGAACCUCACAGGGCUUAGAGAAUUACAUCUUGGCUAUUCAUUAAACUUAUCAACACAGGGGAGUGACUGGUGCGAAGGCAUAUCAUCUUCACUGCCAAAUCUGAGGGUGUUGAGCUUGUCUGGCUGUGGUCUUUCAGGCCCUAUAUGUGACUUACCCAAUUCUAUUAGAAAUCUUAAAAUGCUGUCAACCAUAGAUCUCUCAAACUGCAGUUUCACCGGAUCCCUCCCUAAGUCAAUUGAAAACCUCACACAGUUGGUUGACCUGGACAUCUCAUGGAAUAGGUUCAAUAGUCCUAUCAGUUCUAUUCAUUGGGAAACCCUUGCUAAUCUGGAAAGGCUUGACUUGAGCAACAAUCAACUCUAUGGGACUAUUCCUUCAUCUCUUGUUUCCCUUUCUAAGCUGGAAAGCCUAAUACUCUCCGACAAUCAGUUUUCUGGUCAGCUCCCUGAAUUUUCCAAUACCUCUUCUAACUUACUUGAUAACCUUGACUUGGGAAACAACAAUUUUGAAGGAGAAAUCCCAAGUACUAUUUUUAAUCUUCAAGGGCUUCAGAAUCUCAAUCUUUCUGCAAACAACUUUAGUGGUUUUCCAUUUAAUGGUCAUCAUCAGCAGCCUAGAAAUCUUUCAAGGGUUGAUCUUUCUCACAAUAGCUUGUUGUUUGAUAACCAUAGUUCCAAUUCUGCUUUCUUGCAGAUUAACACUUUAAUAUUGGCUUCUAACAAGUUGAGAGCAUUCCCUGAUUUUUUUAAAAGGCCAAUUCACUCUUAG